AUGACUACUGUCCCUCGGCGUGCUCUUAUUGCUGUCACCUGUGCCAAGGCCAAGCUCUACCCCGAUGGCGGUGAGACCGGUCUUUUUGUGACCGAGGCUCUGCAUCCAUUUGAGAUCCUUCGCAAGGCGAACUUUGAAGUCGAUCUCAUCUCCGAAGAUGGCAAGUUUUCUGCUGACCAGCUCUCGCUGACGGAGCCAUGGAUCAAGCCUGAUGAGCUUGCCAUUUACAACGAUCGUAAUUCCGAGUUCCGCCACAAGCUUGACAACUUGCUUAAGCCGAGCGACGUCGACCCGAAGAAGUACGGCAUCUUUUUCGCGUCUGCCGGUCACGCCGCGUUGAUUGACUACCCCGAGGACAAGGGUCUUCAGAAAAUUGCUGGUGAGAUCUGGGAUGACGGUGGUAUUGUCUCUGCCGUCUGCCACGGCGGCGCCAUUUUCCCUGGCAUCAAGGACAAGAACGGCAACUGCAUUAUCAAGGGCCGAGAAGUCACUGGCUUUACCACCCAGGGCGAGGAAGAGGAAGGUGUGCUUGAAACUAUCAAGAGCUGGAACCGCCCGACCAUUGAAUCGAGUGCUGCGUCUUGCGGUGCCAAGUACGUCGCUCCUCCUGGUCCGUGGGCGUCGUUCACCCACACUGAUGGGCGUCUUGUCACUGGUGCCAACCCACAGAGCGGUGCAGCCAUUGGAGAGGCCAUUGUAAAGGCUUUUGAUGCGCUCCCCAACCACCAAAGCGCUUAA